AUGGCUACAGAAUCGAUUGUCGUCAACGGUUUCAUGUUCUGUGCAACUCAUGGAGAUGAAUACUGCCACAUCUGCUGCUGUGACUACCGAAUGGGAAACAAUGUCCGAAUCGAAGAGGAGAUGUCGGAGUUCUUCGAAUUCGAGUCGGAGAUGGAGGCGCGUCAUCCAAUAAACGCCUACGCUCACGGGGCUGUCGCAGCGCUGAUGACGGAGGAAUCAUACCAAUGUGAAAAACACCAGGCAGUCGACUGCGAUACCUGUUUCAACUGGGUCGCUGUCAUCAAGAAGGAAGCGCAAGCCGCUGAAGAGGAAGGGAGAUGGAUGACGAAGAGAAGGUCGUUGAUUGACAAGGAGUAA